CUUUCACUUCCCCUUCACCCUCCCACUUCCAAAUCCCGGAGCUGCCUUCGCCUUGUCACGUCCCGCCAUAGGGACCCGUCCUGGAACCUGACAUAAAGACUUGGCCCCUACCUGGCCCUCGAUCAUCGCAUCAACCCCUUUGGUCUAUAUUAUCUAUCUCCCAUUCCCGUCUCUCGUUGCGUUUUGGUCCUCAUACGUCCUGGCGAUUGAUAUCCCGCUCUGCUAUCUUUCACAUCCUCACCUCAUUAAGAACCAUCUAUCCCCCCAGUUGACCCUCUAACGGUACCUGUGUCUAGACCACUGGCCACCAGCUGUGAACAGACCACCUCCUGAUCCCUUCUUUCAUCGCAUCGCGCCUGUGAAGGACUACAUCUCAUCAGCUAUCGUGUGUUGAUAUAGUGUAAAUUGAAUUUGAAAACUCGCAAGAGUCUUCUGUUCUGUUGACUUUUCAUCUCCGACCGCCCGAUCGACAGUGCAUCACUUUGUGGAGGGUACAGAAAAAAAUUUAACCAUUUUUGCCUAACCCCUGCGGUCCUCGGUUCUUCCACCUUACACAUACACCACGCGCGUUCCUCCUACGCUCCAACUACAAAGAACUUCGUCGCCGCCCAAGACCGAAAAUCCGACAACGAAAUCCUGUCGCCGGUCGACCUCUCUCCUCCCGCUUCGACCGAACCCGCACCGAAAAGCGGUCUGCAAGAUUUCACGUCCACCUUGUCAGUGCGACCAUACACGUCACUUGCUUGCAUACAAACGCGGAAAGCCAACGUCAGCUUGACCGCCUUCCUGCCGUGAUCCGUCACUUGUGAGCGCCCUCGCACAUCCUUCCCCAAACGCGCCACGUCUUCAGCUGGCAAUUCCCACCAUAUUGAAGAUGAGCGGCAUGCGAUCACCAGCUCCUACGGAGGUUAUGGACAUCACCAACAUGCUCAAUAAGAAAGGUCAAAUGCAACAACUUACUUCCGGUCUCCUCGAUCACCAACAAUACCAACACGCCUUCGUUAAGCACGAACCCGGUAUGGAGCGAUCAGCAUCUCCUCACGGCUCUGAGCACUCGCAAUACUCCAACCCUCACAGUAUCGCUCGAGCCUACCCAUCGCCAUCCACGAUGCAAGCGCCGAUGCAUAUGCCGAAUCCUAUGUCCGCCGCCAUGACAAUCCAAGGCUACCCCGAGAUGCCCAACAUGGGAGGCAUGCCUCACAUGCACAUGCAACAGAUGCCUCAACAACCCCCGCCUCCUCCCCAGCAGCCCAUCAAGGCUUAUCCUUGCAGUACCUGUGGCAAGGGAUUCGCUCGAAGAAGUGAUCUUGCUCGCCAUGAGCGCAUUCACAGCGGAGUUCGACCCCAUGUUUGCGACUGGCCCCAAUGUGGAAAGCAAUUUAUUCAAAGAUCUGCCUUGACUGUGCAUCAGCGCGUGCAUACUGGAGAGAAGCCUCACCACUGCGAGACUUGCGCAAAGCCCUUCAGCGAUAGCAGCUCUCUUGCCCGACACCGCAGGACGCAUUCUGGGAAGCGUCCCUACAAAUGCCCCUACGCUGAUUGUCAGAAGACAUUCACUCGCCGCACCACCCUCACCCGUCAUCAGAACCACCACAGCGGUACUAUCGAGGAGGCUGCCGCCGCGACCGCUGCUGCUCUUGCUGCGUCAAAGUCCAAGGGCUUGUCACAGGCUCGGUCUGAAAGCGACCACAUGUCUAACCACGGCUCGCCCUUGACGACUCCUUCUCCUAGUCAGCGAACCAUGUCUAUGUCGCCCAGUGUCGAUCUGUCUGGUAACAACAGCAUUCCUCGUCACCCUGGUGACUUCCAGUACCUGUCACAGAAUGGUUCUCUGCCCAUGCACAUGCGCGUUGGCAGCCCUACCUCCACCUCAUCUGGCGGUUACAAUAUGAUGCGACCUACCUCGCAUCCCACUAGCUAUGGUCCUCCUCCUACUCUGGAGCCUAACCUGGAUAACAGCCAGGGUACGCCCAGCAGCAAUGGUGGAAGCCCUCACAUGGCCAACGUUGGCUGGCAGUCUCCCUCGCACAUGGCCUCGCCCUCGCAGAACAACGCCAGCUAUGUUUAUCCUGACCCUGCGGAUGCGUAUCCUGCCAACCAAGCCAUGAACCAAAUGUAUUACAGUGCCGCUACGCACAUGCGCCGACCCCAGAGCACUGAACCUGGACUGGUACACAUGGCUUAGUCAGACCUAUUGCCAGAUUCCAACGCUUGAGCAAUGCUCAAGGUCGUCCUUCUUAUGAUGAUCUGGAGUGAGCACACCGAUACCCUGUAUUAUUGAAGCUGUGCCCGACUCGGGCACAAAGAUUACGGCGGCGUUAAUUCCUUCUGGACUGGAUUCCCAUACUCAUACCCCUUCACCUAAGCUUGCCACAGCUGACGACAAGUUGUGCGCAUGUCUUAGUCUAAUAUCAAUCCCCCCACAACACACUUCACUCUACCGUCUAAUGGGCGGGCUUGCUCCUAGAUGGAGCAUGCUUUGAACGUUGAUUUCUGCACUGUUUCGUGGUUUUCAUGUUUUAUCGAUUCCCCAUCUCUCGUACAUUAUGGAUGCUUUUUUAUUUCCUUUGUUCUAGUAUCAAAUAGACUGGCGGAUGGCAAUGUGAUGAACGACGGACAGGACAUUGCAUUUGUCUGCAUAACGCAAACAUAGGAAGGGAGUUACACUGGAACAUUUGCUUGCUUUUUUCUUUUCUUCUGAGCGUAUCAGAGACAAAGACAGCAGGCAUUAUGGGAAGCACAAGACGCUGGCAUGUUUGUGUAUUAUUAUGUAGACUUGGACUUGAGGACUGGGAACCGACAUAGACUUGCUAUUUGAUGCGAUGAAUAUAUUACUACACUCAACAAAAAACGAAUAUCAGCUUGCUUAUGACUAGGUAGUUUAUGCUGUGACACACAUACCUACACUUGCUCCA